AUGGAGCGACGUCUUCAAAUCCCGGAUUGGGUGGAUAACGCCAUCGCUAGGGUCAGCACCGUGUCGAAUUUGGCCUCGAACGUUUACGAUCGAGUCGUACCCGAUAGGCGCGCUCAAGAGCUUUCCAACAUACGAGACACAAUCUCCAACCUGGCGACACAACAGUCCAACAUACCAGACACAAUCUCCAACCUGGCGACACAGCAGUCCGAUCAUGCAAGAAUGCAGACCGCGGCAACACUUCUACAAGCAAGCGCUACAAUGUCCCAGACGACGGCCCAGAUGAAUGGAACUGCCAGUAUCUCGACUGAGAUGGGAAAUAUCACAGAGGCAUUACAGUCAAUUGCUACCGAUAUGAAGACUUUUGCCAAGCCGAACGUUUUCGGUCAGAUCAUCAACGUCGGCUCCUUGAUCACCAACGGUGCUGCUGUGGAGUAUAUCAAGAAGCUGGCGGAUCAAGCUGAGAGGAUGGGUGAUAGCCUCGAUCGGAUAGCGGACAACGUAUACUCAGAGAAUUCUCGCGGAGACAAGUUUCCUAAUCACGUCUACUCGUAUGUCCGGAGUAUGAUUGAGAAGCACCAAGAAGAUACAAGGCCGCACUACUUCUUCGUCUUCAAUCAGAGCACAACAUGGCACGCUAAAUUCGAUGAUAUCAACCGCAGAGACCCUCUAGGUAUUCACUUCCUAGGCUAUCAACACGAUUUAGACACGCUCGUGGCCUAUAUUGUGGAACAUGGUCGACCCCGCCUUGGUCCUGAGCCGAUUGUACAUAUCUUGAUCCCAACCAUCGGCCAACUUGCGAUCGGUGAAUCACUCACAUUUCCCGAAGAGAUGAGGCCAUUCCGUAUUAGUGGCCAGCUUGGCGAGAGCGGUCUACCCUUUGUCUAUCUCUGUACUCCUUUGGAUCGAGAUCGUCAAUAUCUUAAUCAGAUCGGCUCGCUUCUUCCCCGACCCCGUUGGGUACUGCUUCAACAGGUUGGACUUGGCCUCCCCAUAAUAGGCCGAUGGCUGUCAGUCCCUCUCGAUCCGAUUUAUUUUGAGGACCCUUACUUUCAGGUUACUUCGGAGGUCGGCCUGAUACUCUACAACUCUCUAUACUUCGAAACCACACCCGUCCCACCAAGAAUAUUAGGCAGACCGCGGUAG